ACAUACAAAUAAUCUGCUGGUGAAACAAAUUCUUAGUAACAUUUAACUAUCACUUCAUUUAUAGUAUUUGAAUUGAAUUACUGGAAGUGUAUACUAUUUUAAUUCAAAAUUCCCAUAAUGGGUUCUAAAAAAAAUAAAAAGGUAAAGCAAGAGGAAACCCAAGUACCCCUUGAAGUUGAGGAUCUAGUAAAGUCCCCCAAAUUCCAUAAAAGAAAAAGGCAACUAGAAAACGAAAUAAUAAAUAUUCAAGAUGAAGUUGAUUUGCAAUCUCCGAGCCUUAAAAGAAAAAAGAAUGCUGAAAAUGAAGUUGAAGAUAUUCAAGAUGAGCAAGAUUUGAAAUCUCUCGUCAAACCGAAAAAGAAGAAAAAAAAGAAUAAAUCAACAGAUAUAACAACCAAAGCAUCAUCAGAUGAGGCCAUUCCAAAGGAAGUUCUUCUAACAAAUGGAAUCACGAAAGAUGAACACAUGAAAGAGGAAGUCAUGGAAAUUGAUAUAGAGGAGCUGAAGGUAGAAAAUCCCGAUUUUCCUCCAGAAACGGAUGAUCAAGCAAUCCACCAAGAAGUUACUAUGCCACAGAAUGAUUUACUAGAACUAAUAAGAAGAAUUGGAGUUCUCCUUCCAGAAAAUGAUUGUCUAUCUUAUAAAUGUAGGGCAGAUAAAAUACAAUGGGAUGACGUAGCAUUUAGUCAUUACUCUGCUAAGGAAUGCAAGAAUACCUGGUUUCUACUACAAAAGAGAAUUCGUAGGUAUCGAAUUUUAAAAGAAGUUCUAGAUGAUGCAAAGUCAUUUGUUAUAAAUCCUCCUAAAACCAAAAAAAAACUUCAUCCAGAAAUGCCACGAAAACCUCCAACGAGUUAUCAGUUGUAUUAUAAGAAGAAGAAGCCACUUUUGAUUUCAAAUGAACCGGGCCUAGAAAUUGCUGAAAUUUCUAGACAAAUAUCUCAGAUGUUCAAGAAUUUAUCACCAGAGAAGAAGACUAAAUAUGAAAAGCAAGCUGCUCAGUUGAAGGCUAAAUAUGAAGAAGAGCUCCAGAUAUUUUAUGCAAAUCAUCCAGAACUUGCAGAAAGCAUGAAAAAAGAAAAAUUAUCUGAAAAUAAACCUUUGAGACCAAGUACCCCAUUCAUGCUUUAUUUUAAGAGUCAGUUAAGAAAAAAUGGUAACUCUGAGAGUAAGGAUGUCAAUAAUGAUAAUGCAUUCAAGGAACAAUGUAAAAUACAAUGGAAGCAGUUGUCAAUGAAGAAAAAAAUGUUGUGGAUUACAAAAGCUGAGCAAGAUGUUGCUCGUUACGAAGAUGAAAUGAAGGAAUAUAUUUUAAAACACCCAAAUUACCAUCAUAUUCCUGUAAAAAGCAUACUUAACAAAGAAGAAGUAGCUUUGAAGGAAAAGUACUCUGGAAAACCAGAUAAGCCCCCUACAUCUGCAUACUCAUUAUUUUCUAAGAAUUUAUUGCAAAGUGAUGAAAUAAAAAAAAUAAAUUUCAAGGAUAGGAUGAAUCAUGUAUCCAGUCUGUGGAAAAAUUGUACAGAAGAAGAGAAAAACAAAUUCAAAGCUAAAGUUGAUGAAUUAAUGGAGCAGUAUAAAAAAGAUUAUGCAAAAUAUUUGGAAUCAUUACCUGAAGAUAAAAAACAACUGGAGCUCCAAAAGAGUGCACCAAAGAAAAAAAGUAAAUCUGAAAGUUCCGAUAAAAAAAAGAAAGCUAAAGGAAAACUGGAGAAAGUUCCUGAGCCUGCCACACCACCAAUUUCAGCUUUUAGCUAUUUUGCAACUAGUGAGAAUAUUGAUGACAGGAAAGUUGCUAAAAAAGAAUGGAAGAAAUUAUCAGAUGAGGAGAAAAAUGGAUACGAGAAGAAGUUGGUUGAAAUAAAGAGAGAAUAUAUCCUUCAAUUUGAGAAAUUUCUGAACAGUCUUUCAAAAGAGGAACUUGAAGAAUUUUCUAAAACAAAGCAAGAAUUGAAAUUCAACAGUGAGGACUUUAUUGAUGAUGAUGAAGACUCAACUUCUAGCUCUGAAGAUGAUUCUGAUGAUGAAUAGUAGAACAGAUUGAUCUUUCUAAGAGCUACUUCGAUGUUAUUUCUCAGAAAGUUUUGACUAUGUAUUUCUUAACAAGACUUCAAGUUAUUAGUAAUGAACUAAAAUUUAACUUUGAUUUCAAAAAUGAGCUGUAUCAAAUUUCGGAAACCUCAUUCAAUUUUUUUUUUAUUUUUACUAGAGAUGAUAUGAAAGAAAGACAAACAUACAUGAAAUUGAGUAAAGUUUGAAUAAAAUGGUUAACUUAGGUACAUAAAACUACACUUCAUUGUCAGGUGUCCCUUUCCUGAACCAUUGUAAUUAUUUUUGUAUUGUUGAAUUCUUUGUCACAAAUAACAGUUACGCACUUUGUAUAAUUUGUUGACUACUUUAAUGAUUCUUUGUUAAAUAUAUCCUUGUUUUUACUACUUUCGAUGGUAGACAAACAUAUUUCUUUAUUGUCAUAACUUUUCUUUGAUCAUUAUCAAGUAUUGUUUCUUAAUUUUAGGAAAUUCAUGAACUGUAUAAACAAGUGUCCCCUUUGUUGGUGAAUGAUGAAAAUUUCAUUUAAACCCUGUAUCUAUCUAAAAUGUAAAAAAUAAACGUUUGUAUUUUUUCGUUCAAAUAAACAUGAAAUGUCUGGAGCACCAGAA